AUGCAGCUGCCAUGGGGCGGCCGCGACGGUCCGGGAGAUGACACCUUGUUACCGACAUCCAAUGUCCCAUUCAUCACCGGGCUUGUGGGGGACAACACCGAUUUCAAAGAUGGUGAUCAUUCACAGCGCCCGAGUCGCCAUGUUCGAACCACAUCUUCAGAUGCACGGAAUAUGGCCACCCAGUUCUCCUACAUGACCCCGAGCGAAGCAGCAGCGAACUUGCGAACGUCCCUCACUGUAGGCCUCACUCCGACUGAAGCCUUAACACGACUCGGCGAAUAUGGUCCGAAUGAAAUUCCUCACGAAGCUCCCGAGCCGUUGUGGUUGCGAUUCGUCAAACAAUUUCAGGAACCCCUUAUUCUGCUACUCUUAGUCUCGGCCGGUGCCUCGCUGCUCCUAGGAAACGCGGAUGACGCUGUCAGUAUCACAGUGGCUGUGACAAUUGUUGUUUCUGUUGGGUUCGUGCAAGAAUAUCGUUCCGAGAAAUCUAUCGAGGCGCUCAGUCACCUUGUGCCGAAUCACGCCCAUUUGGUCCGCGGCCAGAACAAAACACCAUCCCCCUCAGGAAGGACUUCCAUAUGGCCUCCGCGCACCGAUGAUACCGAUUCCACCUUGACCCCUGGCUCUGUGACCCCAGUUAGCGAUGUCUUGGAUGCAACAUCUUCCAAGGUCAUGGCUUCCCAGCUAGUGCCUGGUGAUCUUGUUCUCUUUACCACUGGGGAUCGCAUUCCUGCCGAUAUUCGCAUUACUAAAGCUGCGGACUUGUCGAUCGAUGAAUCAAAUCUCACGGGAGAGACAGAGCCUGUCAGGAUAACAGUCGAAGCACGUAGUCGUGGGUUUGGCGCAUAUGGCACGGACAAAUCUCAGUUGCAAAGGUCUGCAUCCCUUGCCCCAUCCGAUCAUGGAGACUCUCACGGAGAUGGCGUUCACAAUAUUGCCUACAUGGGAACACUGAUCAAGUCCGGUCACGGCCAGGGUAUUGUCUUUGCAACUGGAGGGCACACGCAGUUCGGUACCAUUGCUGCCAGUGUCUCUGGUACUGAGAGUCCGCGCUCGCCACUUCAAUUGUCGAUGGACGAUCUCGGUUCGCAACUAAGUAAAGCAUCUUUCGUGGUCAUCGGUCUCAUUUCAAUUGUCGGUUGGCUUCAAGGCAAGAAGAUUCUUGAAAUUUUUACCAUCUCAAUCUCACUUGCGGUCGCUGCAAUUCCGGAGGGUUUGCCCAUCAUCGUAACUGUCACCCUUGCUCUUGGAGUGCACCGCAUGGCUAGGCACAAUGCGAUUGUCCGAAGGAUGCCAAAGGUCGAGACUCUAGGUUCUGUCAACGUAGUGUGCACUGAUAAAACAGGUACUCUUACUACGAAUCACAUGACAACAACUCGAAUGUGGUACUUUGGAACCCAGGAUGCUGUACAAAUUGAGUCUGAUAACGAAGACAUGAAUGCCAAUCCCGAUCUUAACCAGGCCACCCUCCGGGUACUCCGUAUAGGCAACAUUGCUAACGAUGCACGACUCGCCCAAAAGUAUACCGAGCAUGGGCAGGCUGCAACAGCUGUUCUUUCUUCAACGCUUGGGCGCGAUCAGGUUUCCACAUAUACCCGCUGGGUUGGGCAACCAACUGACGUUGCCAUGCUGGACCUCCUUGAUCGCUUCAAGGAGCACGAUGUUAGAGAUUCUAUCGGCCCACGAGUGAGCGAGACACCUUUCAGCUCAGAGCGGAAGUGGAUGGGAGUCACAAUUGGCUCGGAGACAAAGGGAGAUAAGGAAUACGCAUACAUGAAGGGCUCUAUCGAAAGAGUUCUGGCAGCUUGUGAUACCUAUCUUGAAAAGGAUGGCAGGGAAAUCGUACUAGACUCGGCACGUCGCCAAGAGGCUCUCCAAGCCGCCGAGGCCAUGGCCGUUCAGGGCCUUCGAGUAUUGGCAUUUGCCAGCGGUACGGUUUCACGCCCUUUGAGGAACAAGUCCACGGCACGCAGCACCCCUGGUUUUGAUCGAAGCGAGAGUCCAUUGUCUCACGCCCCUGAAGACAUCUAUAAGAACCUUACCUUCGCCGGUCUCGUUGGCAUGCGUGAUCCUCCGCGACCCGGUGUUGGACGCUCAAUCAGACGCUUGAUGCGAGGUGGUGUCAAGGUCAUCAUGAUUACUGGCGACGCCGAAACAACGGCACUUGCGAUCGGAAAGCAGCUGGGCAUGAGCAUUGCGGUUCCCAGUGGGCAUAUGGGUGGCCAGAAUACUGUGAGAUCUGUUCUACGCGGUGAUGAGGUCGACAGAAUGUCUGAGGGCGACUUGGCACAGGCUAUGCAGCAUACGACUAUCUUUGCACGAACGAAUCCGGACCACAAGCUGAAGAUCAUCCGCGCCCUUCAGUCAAGAGGCGAUAUUGUCGCCAUGACUGGUGAUGGUGUCAAUGAUGCGCCAGCUUUGAAGAGAGCUGACAUUGGUAUCUCUAUGGGUCGCCACGGAACGGACGUUGCCAAGGAGGCAUCAGAUAUGAUUCUAACAGACGACGACUUUUCUACGAUUCUUCGUGCAAUUGAGGAGGGCAAGGGCAUCUUCAACAACAUCCAGAAUUUCUUAACCUUCCAGCUCAGCACAAGUGCUGCCAGUCUGGCCCUUGUUUUUAUCUGCACCUGCUUCGGCUUCAAAUCUCCGUUGAAUGCCAUGCAGAUUCUUUGGAUUAAUAUCAUAAUGGAUGGUCCUCCAGCCCAAUCUCUGGGCGUUGAAAAAGUAGACGCUGAUGUCAUGACCAAGCCCCCUCGAAGACGAGAAGAUGCAGUGCUUACUCGACCACUUAUCUCCCGCGUGCUUACAUCGGCUGCUAUCAUCACUGUUGGAACGAUGCUCGUAUAUCGUCGCGAGAUGAUGGCUGAUGGACAAGUGACUCGCCGAGACACAACCAUGACGUUUACUUGCUUCGUCUUCUUUGACAUGUUCAACGCUCUGAGCUGCCGAUCUGAGUCCAAGUCGGUGCUUCGAGGUGAAGUUGGACUCUUCUCCAAUAAUUUAUUUAACUGGGCUGUGGCUUUAAGUAUUGCUGGGCAGCUGCUUGUCAUCUACUUCCCCUGGCUCCAGGAGACUUUUCAGACGGAAGCGCUUGGAUUCUUCGAUCUUGUACGACUAGUGCUUUUGUGCAGCACGGUGUUUUGGGCGGAUGAGCUGCGAAAAUAUCUCAACCUUCCAAACGGCAUCUCCCACAACGAACACCCUGUUGUCGAACCUUCUAUCGCCGUUUCUACUUCGUCCCUUGAUAAUGCCACCACCGAGUCCGAGAUCCGCGAUGCGCUCGCCGCACUUCACGCCCGCGAGGCUUCCAUAACGUCCCGUCUUGAUGCCCUCGUCGCUUCCCAGGCCGACCUUUCGCGCGACCUAGGACGGCUAGAUCUUCUACGAGCUGGAUUAGGAGCACAGGUCAUCGCUACACGAUCGGUUGGAAAUGAUAUGCUAGCGACUGCAGCAGAUACAGCAGGUCGACUGAGCGACAGAGUUAAGGAGCUGGACCUGGAAAAGAGCAGAGUCGAAAAGACGCUUGGUGUAGUGGAACAGGUUGCAGAGCUUAAAGCAUGCGUUAACGGUGUGGUCGGUUCCAUGGGCGCCCCGCAAGACUGGGAGGCUGCCGCUGGAUACAUAUCGAGAGCAAGUAAGAUACCAGAGGAGAUCACCAAGGGAUCGUUCGCUGUUGGUAUAGUACCCAGUGUUGAAGUGCCCGACCCGCCGUGGGUGACGCUGGAGGAAGCCAAGGAGAGUCUAUGCGGCCUCUUCCUACGAGAGUUUGAAAAGGCAGCGGAGGAGAGUGACGGAACCAAGGUUACUCGUUUCUUCAAGCUGUUCCCACUGAUUGGACGAUCCGAUGUUGGACUGGAUGUCUAUGGACGAUACGUGUGUCAGGGUGUUGCUGGAACAGCCCGGGCCACACUUAAGGAUGCCAUGAAUGGCCAACGCAGAGAGGGCUUUUUCUACGCCAAUGCCUUGACAAAGCUGUUCGAGCACAUCGCUCAGAUUGUGGAGGGUCACGGUGGACUUGUGGAACGACACUACGGCACCGGGAAGAUGGUUCGCGUUAUCGAGCGCUUACAGAUGGAAGCAGACGUCCAAGGUGGUAUCAUUGUCGACACCUGGAGCGACGAAAGAGGGAUCGACAGGAAACUCACAGACGUCAGAAGUUAUCCGUUCUCGUUCCUAGUCCAGAGCUUUUUGCCCCAACCACCUCGUGGCGGUACACCAAGGGUGAACUCGCCAGCUAUUGGGGCAGGUAGCAACCCUCGGGAGAGCGAGGACGAAGGCGUCAACAUGAGAGAGGUCGACGGCUUAUUGAGUGAGAUUGCUGUGAUGCUUGGGCGCUGGGCGUUAUACACACGAUUCCUGGCUGGUAAAUGCAAGGAUGCCGAUACACCAGACGAGGCCCCUCUUGUCACACCAGACGUAUUGGUCAAGUCAAACCUGUACCGCAAAGUAUCUACGAAACUCACAUCUCCUUACAACGUCAUGACUACCUUCUUCUUCCGUCGUUCUGUGGAAAAGGCGUUCCAGCUCGACGAGUACCCCACUGGCCUGUCACUAAGCUUGGGCAAGCACAUUGAAGGUAACGCUCCAUAUAUCAUAUUGGCUGUCGACGAUGUCAUGUAUAUUGUGAACGCCGUCGUCCAAAAGUCCAUCUCAACAUCACAAAGAGAUGUGAUUGCCUCCGUGGUACCAACUAUUGGUCGAGUGCUUGGUUCCGAUUUUGUUGGCAUGGUCCAGCGAAAGAUGCGAGAUGAAUCGUAUCCUAGACCUGUCGUUCAAGGUGGAUUACCCUCUGAGGACAAGAUUAUUCAAUUCAUUGUUCUUAUCAACAGUCUCGAUAUGGCCAAUGAGUAUCUUACCAGAAUCAUCACUGGUCGCAUAGGAGAGACAGGUCACCUUCCCAACGGCGACGCCCAGAAUGGGCCUCUCAAAGAUUCGUUCCCCUUCGAGCGAGAUGUCAUCUUUGUUGCGAACGCUCUGCAUACUCUUCAGACGUCGUUCAUCGGGAAGACGACUGAGCUGCUCAAUGAGGGUAUCCAAGUACUCUUCAACCAGGUUGUUAAGCUCAGGCUAAGACCCGUCCUUACGGACACAUUCCGUGAUGCGGACUACACAUUGUCGGAGGACGAUAUUGCCGAGAUAGCUCAGCUAAAUGACGAAGACGAGGAUGAACUCCUGGAACAAGUGCCCCGACUAUUUGAGCACGGUUGGGAUCAGCUGAUGAAGCCCAUCUCACGCCUGAUGACCCCCGCAACGUACACUAUACUUCUGGACAUCACGGCGCGUUUCCUCUCCAAGAUAUGGGAGAAGAAGAUCAUGGGCUAUGCAGGCCGCAUCAACGCUCUUGGUGCCAUCCGUCUCGAGCGUGACUUUAUCGCGUUGGUGGACGUCGUCUCUCGCGGAGACUACGCCGUAAGAGAGGUGUUUGCUAGAGUUCUACAACUUCUUAUGGUGACUAACUUGGAAGACGACGAGUGGGAUGAGAUCAUGGCUCAGGACGGAGAAGACGAUGGUAUUGACUGGGUCCUGAACGAGGAAGAGAGGAGGAGAGCGAGGAGCUUGGUUAGAGGUUGA